AUGGAGCUAGUGAAAAACAAUGGAGGGUAUUUCCUCUUUUGCUCUGUGAUUUUGCAUCUUAUUGUAGCUGGAUGUGAGAGUCUAGAAGCACCACUACAAAAGAAAAAUUGCACCUAUGUCAUCACAAUAGAGACCACAUGUACAUGGGGAGCUGAAACCUCAAAUCACGUGAGCCUAAGAUUUGGAGACGCAAACUCAAGUGAAAUAUUGGUUAGAUACUUAAAUUCCAAGCAUCUAAGACAAGUUGAGCCAUUGGAGCCUGAGGUUCUUGAUGACAUUGCAAGAAAACCAUUUCAAGCAUGCAUGGUUGAUGAAUUUGUUGUCACGGCGCCAUGUGUUGAGUCCCCCAUCUGUUACUUGUACCUCAAGUUAGCCGGGAGUGAUGAUUGGCGGCCGGGAUUUGCGCAGGUUGAGGUGCUUGAGGGCUCUCACCUUAGCUCUAAUAAUUUCUAUUUUCGAAGGUAUUUGCCUAGGCUAGUUUGGCAUGGUUCAGAUGCAUGUGAUAGUGAGGUUACUCCUUUUGGUUUCAAGAAGAAGAGAAAGGUUCAUGUGGAGAAUCCUUGA